UGACCCGUGUGAACCAGCUGGCGAGCUGGGCUGCUGGCGCCGGAGGGUCAGAGCCUAGGCCGACCCCAGCCGAGAAGGUCAGGGUGAGGCGAGUAGUCUGGGCGACCAUGGCCACGCUGCUGGGCGCCUACCCCUGGCCGGACGGGUUAGAGUGCCAGGGUUUGGAUGGGGAGCUCUCCGACGGGCUGGCCUCGCCCGCAUCUCAUCGUACCCCCGGGGAUAAGGGCGCGGAGAGUCGCAUCCGCCGGCCCAUGAAUGCCUUCAUGGUGUGGGCCAAGGACGAGAGGAAGCGGCUGGCUGUGCAAAACCCCGAUCUACACAACGCGGAGCUCAGCAAGAUGCUGGGAAAGUCCUGGAAAGCUCUGACCCUCUCCCAGAAGAGACCCUACGUGGACGAAGCCGAGAGGCUCCGAGUGCAACAUAUGCAGGACUACCCCAACUACAAAUACCGCCCUCGUAGGAAGAAGCAGCUCAAGCGCAUCUGCAAACGGGUGGACCCAGGUUUCCUGCUGAGCAGCCUGUCUCGGGACCAGAACUCCCUCCCGGACAAGAGGUGUGGCAACAGGGUUUCUGUGGGGGAGAAGGAGGAACACGGUGAGUACUCCCCGGCUACGGCCCUUCCCAGCCUCCGGGGCUGCUACCAGGAGGUGCCCAAUGGCAGCUGCGCCAGUGGCGGCAGCUCUACUAGCAGCGUGGAUGCCUACCCGUACGGGUUGCCCACCCCACCAGAAAUGUCUCCUUUGGAUGUCCUGGAACCCGAGCAGACCUUCUUCUCUUCCCCCUGCCAGGAAGAGCACCCUCAUUCCCACCGUCUCCCACCCAUGCCAGGAGCCACGUACUCUCCAGAAUACAUGCCCAGCCCCCUCCACUGCAAUCACCCAUUGGGCUCCAUCGCCCUCGCCCAGUCCUCAGGCGUCUCCAUGAUCCCCUCGGUGACCAGCUGCUCGCCCUCCCCAGCAUACUAUUCUCCCCCUGCCUUCCAUGCUCUCCAUCCCAACCUUCAGGCCCACCUGGGCCAGCUCUCCCCUCCCCCUGAGCACCCCGCUUUUGAUGCCCUGGAUCAACUGAGCCAGGUGGAACUCUUGGGGGACAUGGACCGGAAUGAAUUUGACCAGUAUUUGAACACUGCGGGCCAUCCAGACUCUACGGUCACUCUCAAUGGACAUGCCCCAGCCUCCCAGGUGACACCUGGGGGACCCCCGGAGACCAGCCUCAUCUCGGUGCUGGCCGAUGCCACGGCCACCUACUACAAUAGCUACAGUGUGUCCUAGGCCUCCGGACACCCUCCUCCUCCUCUCCCUCCUCCUCUUCUUCCUUC